CAGCUCCUCCGUUUCUGAAUUGGAUCUACAUUUUCUUGGUGUUGAUUGAGGUUUUUGUUUCCGUAACCAGGGGUUUUCUGGGUUUCUGCGCUAAAACCGCGGCGGAGAUGGAGAGCACAGAGUGCGUUAGGGUUGCCGUUAACAUCCGUCCGUUGAUUACACCGGAGCUUUUGAACGGAUGCACCGAUUGCAUCACCGUUGCUCCAAAUGAGCCACAGGUUCAUAUUGGUUCGCAUACUUUUACUUAUGAUUUCGUUUACGGAAAUGCUGGCUACCCGUGUUCGGAGAUUUACAAUCACUGUGUUGCUCCACUUGUGGAUGCAUUGUUUAAAGGUUACAAUGCCACUGUUCUAGCUUAUGGCCAGACUGGUUCAGGUAAAACCUACACCAUGGGUACUAAUUAUAGUGGAGAUAGCACAAAUGGUGGCAUUAUACCAAAUGUUAUGGAGGAUAUAUUUAGAAGAGUGGAGACAACCAAAGAUUCAUCCGAACUAUUGAUACGAGUGUCUUUUAUUGAGAUUUUUAAGGAAGAAGUUUUCGAUUUGCUGGACUCAAAUUCUUCGGCCCUCCUUAAAAAUGACAGUGGCGUUCAAGCAAAGCACACUGCACUCUCACGAGCUCCAAUUCAAAUAAGAGAAACUGCCAGUGGAGGAAUAACAUUGGCUGGAGUUACUGAAGCAGAAGUCAAGACGAAAGAGGAGAUGGGCUCGUAUCUAGCACGAGGCUCUUUGUGUCGAGCUACUGGCAGCACAAACAUGAAUAGCCAAUCAAGUCGGUCCCAUGCAAUCUUCACAAUCACUCUGGAACAAAAGAAGAUUGCCAGUGGUUCUUGCACAACAACUGAAGAUGGAGGUGAAGAUAUAUUAUGUGCAAAGCUUCAUUUGGUUGACCUAGCGGGGUCAGAACGUGCAAAACGAACAGGAGCUGAUGGAAUGCGUUUGAAAGAAGGUAUUCACAUCAACAAAGGUCUAUUAGCUCUUGGAAAUGUAAUAAGUGCACUUGGAGAUGAGAAAAAGAGAAAGGAAGGAGGUCACGUUCCUUAUCGUGACAGCAAGUUAACUCGUUUGCUCCAGGAUUCUCUUGGUGGCAAUAGCAAAACUGUGAUGAUUGCUUGUGUAAGUCCAGCUGAUACUAAUGCUGAGGAAACUUUAAAUACACUCAAAUACGCAAAUCGUGCUCGCAAUAUUCAAAACAAAGCAGUGAUCAAUCGAGACCCAGCAACCGCACAAAUGCAAAGAAUGCGGAGCCAAAUUGAGCAACUGCAAACAGAACUUUUGUUCUAUCGGGGUGAUAGUGGUGCUUUUGAUGAGCUCCAGAUUCUCAAGCAUAAGAUAUCCCUGCUUGAGGCAAGCAAUCGUGAGCUACAAAAUGAACUUCAAGAACGGAGAGUAGCUUCUGAGCAUUUCUCAAAGCGUGCUUAUGAUGCUCAGGUUGAAAAGGACAAACUUAUAAUGAUAAUUGAAUCUGUUCGUAAUGGUAAAACCUUGGAUGAGAUUGAAUCCUGCCAAAAUGAGGAUGUUGGUUUGGUGAAGAAGUAUGUUUCGAAAAUUCAAGAGCUAGAAGGAGAACUGUUGCAUAUCAAAAGCUUGAAGAAAACCAGUAACCACCAAUAUUCGGAUGAUAACUAUGACGAUGGGCCUCGUUCGAAUAAUGUCUUGUUUCCCUCAUCUAAUGAGUCGUCGGAUUGUGAAGACAAAGUGAUUGAUGUCACCGAUGAACUUGAAUUUCAAGAAAAGGAGAUUGAACAUUCCUCACUUCAAGAAAAGUUGGAUAUGGAGCUAAAGGAAUUGGAUAAGAGACUUGAAGAAAAGGAGGCUGAAAUGAAGCGCUUUUCAAGUGGUGGUACAUCUGUUCUCAAACAACACUAUGAGAAAAAAGUUCAUGACCUAGAACAGGAAAAAAGAGCACUACAGAGAGAAAUCGAAGGAUUGAGACAGAACCUUGCUAGCAUACCAUCUGGCCCAGGAGAUGGUGCCCAGAAACUGAAGGAAGAGUAUGUUCAGAAACUGAACACGCUUGAAACACAGGUUUCUAUUUUGAAGAAGAAACAAGAUGCACAAGCUCAGCUUAUGAGACAAAAGCAGAAAAGUGACGAUGCGGCAAUAAAAUUGCAGGAUGAAAUACACAGAAUUAAGUCCCAGAAGGUGCAAUUACAGCAAAAGAUUAAGCAGGAGUCAGAGCAGUUCAGGGCUUGGAAGGCUUCAAGAGAGAAGGAAGUUAUGCAGCUCAAAAAAGAGGGAAGGAGAAAUGAGUAUGAGAUGCACAAACUCAUGGCUUUGAAUCAAAAACAGAAGCUGGUUUUGCAAAGAAAGACAGAAGAGGCAUCUCAGGUGACAAAAAGACUCAAAGAGGUUUUAGAUAGUCGAAAGGCGUCCUCACGCGAGACAUUGAGUGGUGCAAGUGUUAAUGGUCCUGGAACUCAGGCAUUGAUGCAAGCAAUUGAGCAUGAGAUUGAAGUCACUGUUCGGGUGCACGAAGUGCGUUCUGAAUACGAGAGGCAAAAGGAAGAGAGGGCAAGAAUGGCUAAGGAAGUUGCAAGGCUAAGAGAAGAAAACGAGCUGCUUAAGAAUGCCAAAAUAAGCAGCGUUCAUGGUGACACCAUGUCUCCUGGUGCAAGAAACUCAAGGAUUUUUGCUUUGGAGAAUAUGCUUGCGACCUCGUCCAACACUCUCGUCUCCAUGGCAUCACAGUUAUCUGAAGCAGAAGAACGCGAGCGUGUGUUUGGUGGAAGAGGGAGGUGGAACCAAGUUAGAACACUAGGUGACGCAAAGAGUAUCAUGAACUAUCUGUUCAAUUUGGCGUCAACUGCGAGGUGUCUAGCCCGAGAUAAAGAGGCAGACUGCAGAGAAAAGGAUGUCCUUAUAAGAGACCUGAAAGAAAAAAUAGUAAAGUUUAGCAGUUAUGUUAGAUACAUGGAGAUCCAAAAAGCAGACCUCGUGCAUCAGGUGAAAGCACAGACCUCUGCAAUGAAGAAAUUGUCCGCAGAGGAGAACCUAAAGAACGAGCAUAGUAUGAAAAAGCAGGAAACCCGAAACUCGACUAUAGUUCUUGAGGAUAUGGAUACCUCUGAUUCUGAAGAGUCAGGCCAUGAACGGGAAGAUCCAGAUAUUGAUGAUGAAUGGAAACCUGAACAUGAAUCAGAGCGUGAGUCGGAGCAGGAAUCGGUUAUAAAGCUAAAUAGAAAACGAAACUUCAAAGUGGGAAGACGGCGCUCGAGUGUGGUCAUGAGACGUUCAUAUGAAGAGAAUUCGGAAGCAGCUUCAGAUGAUGCAGUGAAAUCUGACGUGUGUUGUUGCACUUGCAGCAAGAGCUCCUCGUGCAAGACAAUGAAGUGUCAGUGUCGAGCUACAAAGGGAUCUUGUGGUCCGUCAUGUGGAUGUUCUUCAGUGAAAUGCUCCAACAGAAACGCAGACGGAAAGGAGAACAAUUCCAUCUCAGAAUCAGAGGCCUUGGAAAACGGGGAGAACUCGCAAGAAUCUGAUGAAAAGGACAAAGACCAACAACAACAAGUCCUUGCUUCACGUGGAGCUAUGCUGCUACAGAACGCUCUUGCUGACAAGCCAGGGGAGGAGACAAAUGAGGAUGGAGGAACAAGAAGAAGAAGAAAACCUCUAUCAGAUAUAGGAAACACGACGGGUAAAUCGAAUGUGCCAAGGCCAAGCCAAAGAAAGAAAUGGAAGAAGACUGUGCUUCAGCUUGUUCCUGUAGGUCCACCAGCACUACCAACACCACCAGCUUCAUCUCAGGAGGAAGCUAAUCCGGUGACUUUGGACUCGGAAGCAGCAAGAAUGCCAGAAAACAGCGAGUCAGGAGAGUCUAAUAGCAUCAAACUGAAGCUACCAAGGGCAAUGAGGUCAGCGUCUUCAAAUGGCAGCAACUUGCUGAGAGAAAGAAACGCUGAUCAAACCGGAGGUGAAUCAGUCGGUAAUGGUGGUUUUGUGCAGAGCAAUUCAGGUAGGGCAAGUGGAAGUAGAACUUCAGAUGAAAAGGAGAACCACACUCGUCGGAUCUAAAAUGGAAACAGAGACGUCGCUUGAGGUGCAAGAAAGAUGGGUUUGAAAUCUUUUCAAGGGUUUGUCUUCUUCUUCUUUUUUGUGAUUGAGAACAUAACAAACGUAAUUUUAGGGUUGUGAAUUCAGGUUACUGUUGUGAAUCCUUUCAGACAGGUACAAUUGUUAAAGUUUGAUUAAGAUUUGACUGUUUGAUCAACUUCCUUCUCUGUUCAAUAUGAGCGAGUUUUUUUUACUCUUCUGCGUAAUAAAGUGUCUCAUUCAAU